UUCCGGGCUAGAGCGGGUCUCAGCGGUGGGAGGAUUCGUGGGUGCCCCGCCCCUUUCCCUCGGAGGGGGCGGGGCGGCGGCCCGUGACGCCAUCAGCGGGCGCCGGAGGAGGGGCCGUCGCGGAUUAGAGAUGGAGUCGCUGCUGGCUCUGGGCGGCCUGGUGCUGCUGCGGGACUCCGUGCAGUGGGAGGGGCGCAGUCUCUUGAAGGCGCUCAUCAAGAAGGCUGCGCUGUGUGGGGAGCGGGUCCACAUCCUGGGCUGCGAGGUGAGCGAGGACGAGUUCCGUGAAGGUUUCGACUCCAGUGUCAACAGCCGGCUGAUUUACCAUGACCUCUUCAGAGAUCCUCUCAGCUGGUCACAGACUGGGGAAGCCCUUCCAGGGGGACCCCUGGGAGCCUUGCAAGCCAUGUGCAGGAGGACAGAUCCUGGUCCUUUCACCAUCGCUCUCGAUUCACUGAGCUGGCUGCUGCUGCACCUUCCCUGUACUGCCCUCUGCCAGGCGCUCUGUGCCUUGAGCCAUCAACACUCCCGCCCUGGUGGCAGCUGCCUGGCCGAGCCUGUGCGAGUGCUAGGCCUGCUGCAUGAAGAGCUCCAUGGCCCAGGCCCCCUGGGAGCCCUGAGCAGCCUGGCCCAGACCGAAGUGACCCUGAGCGGGGCAAUGGGCCAGGCUUCGGCCCACAUCCUCUCUCGGAGGCCCCGACAGCGCCCAGCCCAUCAGACUCAGUGGUUUUCCAUCCUGCCCGACUUCAGCCUGGAUCUCCAGGGGGGACCCCCGCUAGAGUCCCAGCCCCACCCAGAUCCUCACACCCCCCCGGUGGACCCCACAGCUCAUGUGACCUUUAACCUUCACCUGUCCAAGAAAGAGAGAGAAGCCAAAGACAGCCUGACGCUGCCCUUCCAGUUCAGCUCUGAAAAACAGCAGGCUCUACUGCGUCCUGGGCCUGGCCAGGCCACCAGCCACAUCUUCUAUGAGCCAGAUGCAUAUGAUGACCUGGACCAAGACGACCCAGAUGAUGACCUGGAUGUUUGACUGGCCUGGAAUUGGAAGGGAGGAGAAAGACCUUGGACCCAUAACCAUCCUCCCAUUGUUUGCAUUGGCCUUGCCCUGUCCCUGCCCCCACCUUUGUUCUCGGGUCUGCAGAGGCCCUGCCCCAAGACCUCUGAGUCAGAGUAGCUUCCCAUCUGGACAGAAUGUGGGAAAGGGUCAUUAGGGCAAGGUGCCUAAUAAAGUCUUUACUUUUCUACGGAAAGGAACUGGGGUAGCUAAGCAAGAGUUGGCAGCAGAAGGGACUGAAGAAGGGGAAGAGGUAGGGAAACCAGGCACUUGAGUCUGUUAAGAGUCAGUGGUCAGAGUUGGGGCCUGAAUGACAAGGAAUGGUGGCACAGGGGGAGCCUUGCACACCAUUGGUGCUCAAUACAUGCUCUGUUUCAAGCCGAAGCAGGUGCAUUUAAAGGUUCCAGGUUCCCUGCAGGGAUUUGGGUUGGAACAAAGCAAAGGCCCUGAAGGGGAAAAAAAGAAGCCUACUUUUUUCCAAAACAUACUUUUUUAUUACUGUACAAAAAGCACAUCCAAUCCCCCUCUUUUGUCUCCCUCACCCCUCCUCCCCUCCCCCCACCCCCACCCCCACCCCGGGGGAACUGUACAUGGUACACCUGGCUGGGGUGACGAGGCUUCUGCCCCACAGCCCGCCCACCGGCUAAGAUCUGCCCCAGGUCAUUUCAGGUACCUAACCACACCAGAGGCUGCCAGGCUGGGGCAGGGGGGUCCCAGCUCACACAUACUCCUUGGCAGAGUUGGGCUUAGGGUAGGAGCGGGGUGCACGGUACCCGGUUUUGCCCUCACUCCCAGGACAGGAGCAAGAGAGCAGGGCACCUCCCAGGAUGACCAGAGCAGACCCUGCCCAGCCAACGAAGAUGGCAGGACCAAACUCGUACCUAUGGGGAGAGAGGGUUGGGGUCAGAAACCCUGCCGUUCCUGACGCCAGGAAUCCAGACCUGGCGUCCCCUUAGGAGGCAGGGCUCCCGUACUUACUUAAGAUUCAUGGGGACCAGUGCGCUAUAAAAGUCUGUGACAAUCUGGUGGCCGUACCAGGAACAAGCUACCAAGGCAGCAAGACCUGGAGACAGGAUGGUUAAGAUGUAUUAGGAGACCCCCAAACCAGCACCUUGCACACCUUCACUCCCAGACGCAGGGGGAGGGCUCACCUGACACGAUGAAAAUGAAGCCUCCGGUCAUGGCUAUCCGGGCCUUCUUCACCUUGUCGUCGCCCCCGCAGUUUGUGCACUUCAUGCCCGUGGUGGCCACGAACAUGGCCAGGAAGCCCAGCACCAGGGAUACCACCAUCAGGGCUCGGGUGGCCUGCAGGGCCGCUGCGGGGAAGGGGGAAGGACGCCCUCAUUGCUGGACGUGCGGACGGCUCCGGCCUUCGAGUCGCCGUCGGCCGCUGGCCCGGGGCCCCUUGGGCGCCCAAGUCCCGGCCGCAGCGGGUGGAUCCCGCCCCUCCCGGCUCCGCGGCCUUCCCGCCCCGCCCUCUCUCGGCCCUGAGACCCGCCCGGGGCGCAAGGGUUUCGAUGAAACUGCCCGGGGGAGGAGGGUAAGGGGGCCGGAGUGCCCGCGCUGGGCCGCACGGCCCGGCCCACGGCCCAGCGCUGACCCCGCUAUCGUGGCCACCGGGUUUGUGGCUUCGGCUAAUCGGCCGAUAAGAUUACAGGCCGCAGGGGCGCCUGGGUGGCUCAGUUGGUUAGGCGACUGCCUUGGGCUCAGGUCGUGAUCCUGGAGUCCCGGGAUCGAGUCCCGCAUCGGGCUCCCUGCUCGGCGGGGAGUCUGCUUCUCCCUCUGACCCUCCCCACUCUCAUGCUCUCUCUCAAAUAAAUAAAUAAAAUCUUAAAAAAAAAAAAAA